AUUGGUCGGCGGUACUACACCUGCAGUGGCAUUGUCUGUGUCUUUUACCAAAAUGGAGCCUCCAUCCAAGCGUUCGCGCAAGCUGCUCGAUGAUGACAGCUCCAGCGACUCAGGAGAUGAGUCGGGCGGAGUCCCCAUCACCAACGAGGACAUUACGUUCAAGAUCAACGAAGACUAUGCGCGUCGCUUUGAAUACAACAAAAAGAGAGAAGAGAAGCAGCAACUGGAGUCCAAAUUCGGCAAAUCCUCUGUGCUCGGAAAACGUCGUGACCGCGAUGGUGAAGAUGAGUCCAACUCGGAAGAUGAAUCUUCUGACGAGGAGGAAGACGAGGAUGGAGAAUUGGCCACCACCGCUCUGGAUGCCGAGAUCAUGGCCACCCUGAAAGCGAUCAGAUCGAAAGACCCCCGAGUGUAUGACAGCAACACCACCUUCUAUACCCCGCUCGACGAGGAGACGACCGCAGAAAGCUCUGCAAAGAAAGAAAAGCCUAUGACCCUUCGUGAUUACCAUCGUGAGAACCUCUUGAGUGGCGCCAACCUGGCCGAUGAGGAGGAGGCGCCCAAGACCUACGCUCAGGAGCAGGAGGAAUUGAAAAACGCAGUUGUCCGGGAAAUGCACGCCGCUGGUAAAGAUGCAUCAGAUGACGAAGAUGACUUCCUUGUCGCCAAGUCGAAGCCCGAACCUAUCGCGGUGCCCAAGACGGAGGUCAAUCUUGAUGUUGAAAAUGCGGACAAGGACCCGGAGACUUUCCUUUCGAACUUCUUGUCGGCAAGAGCAUGGAUACCUGCUGGCAGAUCCGAACUUCAACCUUUUGAGUCUGACGAUGAAGAGGAAGAGCAACGGGCAGAUGCUUUCGAGGAGGCAUACAACUUCCGCUUUGAAGAUCCCAGCAAAAUCAAUGCCACCCUGAUCACUCAUUCCCGUGACACGACCAACAAACAGUCGGUCCGCAGAGAAGAUAAGAGUAGCCGGAAGAAGCGCAGAGAUGCCGAGCAACAGCAGAGGGACGAGGAGAAGAAACAGCGUGAGACCGAGAAGAACCGCCUUCGGAAGCUCAAGAUGGAAGAACUUCAAGAACGGGUCAACCAGAUCAAAGAGGUUGCGGGUAUUCGUGCAUCUGAGAUGACCGACGAGGAUUGGGCUGGCUUCCUGGACGCCGCCUGGGAUGACAAGGAUUGGGAGAAGGAAAUGCAGAGGCGUUUCGGUGAAGACUACUAUGCGGAGGAUGACCGGGAAGAAAGGGGAGAUGGACACAAGAAGAAACAUCCGAAGAAGCCCACAUGGGACGACGAUAUCGAUAUCAAGGAUCUCAUUCCGGACUUUGAUGACGAGGAGGAGAAGCCUGCCUUGGGUGGUUCUGAUAUUGAGAUGGAGGAUGAUGAGGAGGCGUCUGGAAGCAACAAGAAGAGCAAGGCGCAGGAGAGACGAGACCAGAAGCGUGAAUCCCGCAAAGACCGACUUCGUAUCGAGGAGGCCGUGGACCGUAACUUGGAUCUCGACAUCAGCCUUCUCCCGGGUGCAACCAGGAAGAAUGCUACUGGAUUCCGCUACCGCGAAACUUCGCCCCAGAGCUUCGGAUUGACUGCACGAGAUAUCCUCAUGGCCGACGAUACCCACCUCAAUCAGUUUGCGGGCCUGAAAAAGCUUGCCUCGUUCCGUGACCCUGAAAAGAAGCACCGGGAUCAAAAGAAGCUGGGCAAGAAGGCUCGCCUAAGGCAAUGGCGCAAGGAUACGUUUGGUGAUGAAGAAGGCCCUAAAAUUCCUGAGGAAGGCCCAAGUGCGCCUACGCCGAAGGAGGACGCCGGUGAUGUUGAUAUCCGCGAGGGUGAACCCAAGAAGAAGAGGAGAAAGAGGUCCAAGAAGCACUGAGGUGCUCUUCUCGUUCAAUGGCUUACAGCAGAUGCAUCUGGGAUGGUCAGGGUCUAUUGUCUAUAUGAAGGCGUAUCAAUAUCAUGCUGUUGGCUUUGUUAAUAACCGGUUGAAAAGUUUGAUUAUAUUCCCCAACCUGCAUAGUAUAGACUUGUUUCUCCAUGAUGAGAAAUUAACUAUCGAUCAGUUACUAUUUACAUGGAGCCUCGAUUAUCAUAUUUGAUUCUUCUGGCAAUUCUUGUUGGUUCU